AUGGGAGUACCAGAGCAUCUAAUACAGAUCAUGCGUAAUGCAGGGGUGUAUGAAGAUGACCGAGGCAUCAAAAUAGGUGGCAGAACAGUGAAUAAUCUGAGGUAUGCUGAUGACACAACUAUACUGGCCGAAAGCAAAGACCUCCGAGAUCUAAUGGUCAAAGUGAAAAGAUGCAGCAAGGAAAUAGGCCUGACACUGAAUAUGAAGAAGACAAAAAUACUGGCCACAAAUAGCAUGGAUGAAUUUCAGAUAGAUGGGGAAACCAUUGAAAUAGCCAAUGAGUUCACCCUGCUCGGAUUAAUCGUGAACAACAAGGCCUCAAACACAGAAGAAAUCAGACGAAGAAUUGCUAUAGGCAAGACAACAUUAAAAAAAAUGGACAAAGUAUGGAAAUGCAAAGACAUCAGACUUAGAACCAAGGCAAAGACAGGAAUUUAUCAACUGCAAGAUGGUAAUGAAGAGCCUUUUAAUGUCCGACUGCAUUUGGGCAAAGACAUUUUGACCAUUCAAGAGCAGGACGUUGUUUGUGUGUCUGGAGAACCAUUUUAUUCAAGUGUGGAUGCUAUGGUAUCAGAAAGAACUGUAAGCAUACGUCGACAGACAAUUGGAGGAUUUGGCCUGAGUAUUAAGGGUGGUGCAGAACAUAAGAUCCCUACUGUGAUAUCAAAAAUAUCAAAAGAACAGAAGGCUGAGCUUUCUGGUCUUCUUUUUAUAGGAGAUGGGAUUCUCCAGAUAAAUGGAAUAAAUGUAAGAAGUUAUCGCCACGAAGAAGUGGUUCAGGUUCUACGCAAUGCUGGGGAAGAAGUAACUCUGACUGUGUCUUUUUUAAAGAGGACUCCUGCCUUUUUAAAGUUGCCACUUUGUGAAGACUGCACAUGUGUACCAUGUGACCAGAGCAGUGGAACUUCAUCUCCAUUAUGUGACAGUGGCCUACAUCUAAACUACCACCCCACUAAUAUGGACACAUUGUCUUGUUCCUCUUGGCCUACAUCUCCAGCACUACGCUGGGAAAAACGAUGGGUGGAUCUGCGGCUGAUUCCUCUUCUACAUGCUCGGCUUUCACAGUAUGUCUCUGGAUCAGACAUUUGCAGGCAAAAUGCCUUUCAAGUCAUUGCAGUAGAUGGUGUUUGCAGUGGAAUAAUUCAAUGCUCUACUUCAGAGGAAUGCAUUGACUGGCUCCAAGCAUUAGCAUGCAACAUGUCUGCUCUCACAAAGCACAAUGUCAAAAAAAUCAACAGAAACUUUCCUCUCAAUCAGCAGAUAAUUUAUAUGAGCUGGGUGGAGGAAAAGGAGCAGUACAGUGCUCAGGACCACAUGUACACACCAAAGUUCUUGGCAUUAAGGGGUUCAUCUCUUUUUAAAUUCUCAGCACCUCCAGUAACGACCUGGGACUGGACAAGAGCUGAACAAAGCUUCACCGUCUAUGAGAUUAUGUUUAAGAUCCUUAAGGACAAUGAGCCAAUGGACAAGCGGAAGUACUGUUUCAGUGUGCAGAUUGACACUGGUGAGGAUGCCUUCUUUAGUGUUGAGCUGGAGAGUGAUCUUGAACUGUGGGAGAAAGCAUUUCAGAUGGCCACCUUUUUGGAGGUAGAAAGAAUUCAGUGUAAAACCUAUGCAUGCAUCAUGGAAAGCCAUUUGAUGGGACUUACUAUAGACUUUAGCAUGGGCUUUGUCUGCUUUGAUGCCGCAUCAAAGGCUGUGCUGUGGCGGUACAAAUUCUCCCAGCUUAAAGGAUCAUCUGAUGACGGCAAGAGCAAAAUUAAGUUUCUUUUCCAGAACUCAGACACAAAGCUUAUCGAGGCAAAGGAACUGGAAUUCUCCAAUCUAUUUGCUGUCCUGCAUUGUAUCCAUGCAUUUUUCGCUGCUAAAGUGGCAUGUCUAGAUCCCGUGUUUCUGGGCAGUCAGAAUUCUGCCACGACUACGUUGCCCACUUUGACCUCUGUGACCCCUGCCAUGGGACAAACUGCCAAGUUAAAGUUUUCUUGUUAGAAAAAUGUGACAUUUUCAGGUCUACCUAGCUUGAGCUAUUUUCCAGAUUAAAAAAGAUGAUUGCUGAAGAAUUUUAGCAGUACUGAGGAGCAGGCUUGACUUCUUCCGCUGGUGGGCAAUAGCCUGCUAGCUUCGGGCCAAAGUCAGAUGUAAUAGCAUAUUUUAAAUAUACCAUAUUUUAUUAUUCUGUCAAACUUAAGGAUGUAUAGAUGUGUUACAAAUUCAGAAAGUAUACGUUUGGUUGUCAUUUUCUAAAAGCCUUUAUGCCUUUAAGUAGAGAUGGGACGAUCGAUCAGCUACGAAUCGGUAUCGGCCGAUUUUUAAUCAAAAUAUGCUAUCGGCGAUCGGCGAUAUUUCCUAAAAGUAGCCGAUCCGAUCGUGUGAUAUAUAAAGACCAUGUUAAGUUAACAGCUCAGUGGAUUGAUCCAGACUUUGAGCUACGAAGCACCAACCAUCACAUCACCAUUCAUCAAC